AAACCCAUAAAAUCCUCUUUACAUAGCGGCCUGUCGUCACCUCUGUGUGAGUCUCGAAAGUUCAUAAAGCAGUAACGACUACACCACUCUUCAAACACCCAGAAAAACCAACCCGUCUCGACUCAAGCCCAGCAGCCAUGUCCGCCGCCGCUCCUCCCGUCGCACCCGCGCAGGACGCGCCCGCCGCCUCGCCCGAGGUCGCCCCUGCGCCUGCUCAGGCCCCAGCUCCUGCUCCGGCCCCGGCGCCGUACAUCGCGCCUGGCCCGCAGAACCACGUUCCAGCCCCGUCGGCCUCGCUUUACGUGGGCGAGCUCGACCCGACCGUGUCGGAGGCCAUGCUGUUCGAGAUCUUCAAUAUGAUUGGCCCUGUUGCAAGCAUUCGUGUGUGUCGUGACGCGGUCACUCGUCGCUCGCUCGGCUACGCCUACGUCAACUACUUCAAUGCUGCUGAUGGCGAGCGUGCCCUUGAGCAGCUCAACUACUCGCUCAUUAAAGGUCGUGCGUGCCGCAUCAUGUGGUCCCAGCGCGACCCCGCCUUGCGCAAGACCGGCCAGGGCAACAUCUUCAUCAAGAACCUUGAUGAUGCUAUCGACAACAAGGCCCUGCACGAUACCUUCGCUGCGUUCGGCAAUGUGCUCUCGUGCAAGGUCGCGACGGAUGAAAUGGGCCGCUCCAAGGGUUACGGCUUCGUCCAUUACGAGACCAACGAGGCGGCUGAGAGCGCUAUCAAGGCCGUCAACGGCAUGUUGCUCAACGACAAGAAGGUUUACGUCGGUCACCACGUUUCUAAGAAGGACCGUCAAGCCAAGCUUGAUGAGCAGAAGAAGCAGUUUACCAACGUCUACGUCAAGAACAUUGACCCCGAGGCCAACGAUGACGAGUUCCGCGAGCUCUUCACCCCGUUCGGCAACGUCACCUCUGCCGUUCUCCAGAGGGAUGAGGAGGGCAGGAGCCGCGGCUUUGGCUUCGUGAACUUCGAGACCCAUGAGGAGGCUCAGAAGGCUGUGGACACUCUCCACGACUCCGACUUCAAGGGAAGGAAGCUCUUCGUCUCCCGCGCUCAGAAGAAGUCUGAGCGCGAGGAGGAACUUCGCCGCUCGUACGAGCAGGCGAAGAUGGAGAAGAUGAGCAAAUACCAGGGCGUCAACCUUUACAUCAAGAACCUCGAGGACGACGUGGAUGACGAGAAGCUCCGUGACGCCUUCGAGCCCUUCGGCGCGAUCACCAGCGCCAAGGUUAUGCGCACCGAGGGCGGUACCUCCAAGGGCUUCGGUUUCGUGUGCUUCUCUUCCCCCGACGAGGCGACCAAGGCCGUCGCCGAGAUGAACAACAAGAUGAUGGGCUCCAAGCCGCUCUACGUGUCGCUCGCCCAGCGUCGCGAGGUGCGCAGGCAGCAGCUCGAGAGCCAGAUCGCCCAGCGCAACCAGAUCAGGAUGCAGCAGGCCGCUGCCGCUGGCAUGCCCGCCGGCUACAUGAACCCCCCGAUGUACUACCCCGGCCCCGGCUUCCCUCCUCCAGCUGGCCGUGGCUUUGGCUACGGUCAACCGGGCAUGAUGCCCCCUCGUCCCCGCUACGCACCUGGUCAGCAGGUGCCCGGCAUGCCUGUCCCUGCUCCUUACGGCUACGGCGUGCCUGGCUACCCCCGUGGUGCUCCCCGCGGGCCCCCGCCUGCUCGCGGCCCUGGCGGUCCGGGUGGCUCCCCCACGCAGACCAACGCUCCGCCGAUGCCCCGUGCCCAGCCGAGUGCACCCCCUGCUAACGGUGCCCCCCGCGCCCCCGCGCCCAACGGCGCUGCUCCUCCCCGCGCACCCGCUGCUCAGCGCCCGCCUCAAGGCCGGGCCCCUGCUCAGCCCGCCGCUGGCGCCGCUGCUCCCGCGCCUCAGGACAACGGAAUCUCGUCUGUGCUCGCGAACGCUUCGCCCAUGGAGCAGAAGCAGAUGAUCGGUGAGAUGCUCUACAUGAGGAUCGCGCCCGCCCAGCCGGACCUUGCCGGCAAGAUCACGGGCAUGUUGCUCGAGAUGGAGAACGCCGAGCUCAUCCACUUGCUCGACAACGACGAUGCUCUCCAGAGCAAGGUCGGCGAGGCCAUCGCCGUCCUGCACGAAUACACCCAGAAGGAGGGUGAUGCGCCCGCGGCCGCUUGAGUUUCAGCUCGCUUUUGCUCGGUGGUGAUGGCGACGUGGGGUGGUGGUGGCGGGGAAGGCGUAGCUGCGACGAUGUUAUUUCUCUCUCCGACUCUUUUGUGUGCUGCUGUAGAUCAUCUUCGUGCUUCCGCCCUUCCCCCCUCGGAGCCUGGGCACUUGCGUGCGUUUGUGCUCCUCUUGCCCCUCGACUCGGUGGUUGUAGUUUCUUUAUGUGUACUUUUGAAGGAACAGAGGUGACGUUGCAGCCGCGUACUUCUCAC